AUGGGAGGUGACGCUGCUGAGAGUGCGACGGAGCCACAAACCACCGACGGAGUUAAGAUCAACAUUCGUUGCUCCAAUGGUUCCAAGUUUUUCGUUCAUGUUAGCCUCGAUUCCACCGUUCGUUCAUUCAAGGAUGUCGUCGCUCAGAACUGUGAUAUCUCCGCUGACCAACAACGGUUGAUUUAUAAGGGACGGAUCCUCAAGGACGAUCAAACCCUUCAAAGCUACGGUUUGGAGGCGGAUCACACUGUUCAUUUGGUUCGUGGUUUUACGCCUGCCAAUUCAACUGGUGGGACUAAUACCAGCGGUGCGAAUACCACAACUACCAAUGCUAGAGCUGCUGGUGCUAAUGAGGGUGGGGGAUUAGGAGGAGCUGGACUUGGAGCUUCGCUGUUUCCAGGACUAGGUAUCAAUGGGAUGGGUGGAGGUGGUGGUCUCAAUAGCUUGUUUGGAGCGGGCCCUCCUGAUCUUGAUCAAUUGCAGCAACCAUUAAUGUCGAAUCCUAAUUUAGUGAGAGAAAUUAUGAACUCGCCUGCCAUGCAAAAUUUAUUAAAUAACCCGGAUAUAGUGCGCAACCUUCUGAUGAGUAACCCACAGAUGCAAGAGCUCAUGGAUAGAAACCCUGAGCUGGCACACAUACUUAACGAUCCAAGCACACUUCGCCAGACACUUGAGGCUACUAGGAACCCUGAGAUCAUGCGUGAAAUGAUGCGGAAUACAGACAGAGCAAUGAGCAAUAUUGAAUCUUCUCCCGAGGGGUUCAACAUGCUGAGACGCAUGUAUGAAAAUGUUCAAGAACCAUUUUUAAAUGCCACCACAAUGGCUGGUAAUACAGGAAAUGACAGUACUGGAAUUUUGGGGACUCAAGGUGGCCAAACAAGGAGUCAAUCGACCAAUCCCUCAACUACCCGUGCUGAAGCAACUUCCCCUGUACCCAAUACUAACCCACUUCCUAAUCCUUGGUCAUCUGCUGCAACCGGAGGUGCCCAAAGUAACGUCAGGAGGUCAACUACUGGUGUGGAAGCUCGGCAGCAGACACCCACUGGCUUAGGUGGGCUUGGUAUGCCGGAUCUUGAAGGCAUGUUGGGUGGAAUGCCAGAUGCCAGUUCAUUUUCCCAAUUUAUGCAAAAUCCAGCUAUUUCACAAAUGAUGCAAAGUAUCCUUUCCAAUCCUCAAACAAUGAAUCAGAUUCUUGGUAUGAAUACUGAUCAGCGUGGGGUGCCUGAUCUAAAUUCUAUGAGAGAAGUGAUGCAAAACCCGGAGUUUCUUCGCAUGUUUUCCUCACCCGAGACAAUGCAGCAACUCUUGUCUAUGCAGCAAGCUCUUAUGACUCAGCUUGGUCAGCAGCAAUCGACACAUGCAUUUGCAUUUGCACGAGUUGGGCUUGAACCCAGGGUUCUUUCAUUCAAACCCUUCUAUAAAUCCUCGAGUAUGUGCUUUCCAUUGGGGGAACCAGGUCAAACAGGUGGAGGCACCGGACCAGCGAACAAUGUGGGGCUGGAGAUGUUAUCGAGCAUGUUUGGUGGACUUGGAGCUGGGAGCCUAGCUGUUCCAAACAGAUCAAAUGAGCCACCAGAGCAAUUGUAUGCUACCCAACUUUCCCAGCUUCAAGAGAUGGGUUUCUUUGACACGCAAGAAAACAUAAGGGCUCUCAUUGCUACGUCAGGGAAUGUUCAUGCAGCAGUUGAGCGACUUUUGGGGAACUCUGAACAGUAG